AUGUCUCAUGACAAUAGAUACUAGAGCCAAUCAAUUAAUAAAAAUAUAAGCAGAAACGCAUCAUAGUGCUAAGAUAAAUUUGAAAUCAAAUACCUUAAUCCGACACAAAUGGAUCAGAGAUAAGGCUAAUAAGUUUAGAAGCAAUCUACUGCCCGACUUAGCAGCAGUAACUUUUACCCUAGACAUUCAAGGGCCAAAUCAGGGAGUGGGGUUUACAAGGAUGUAUCUGAUAACAAUAAAUAUGUCAACAACCACAAAGGAAAUAGUAAUGGGCUCAGCAAUGACAUAUUUGAAAAACAGUCAAAAAACUAAUGGAAUCCUAAGGUAAAGGUCGUUAAGAUAACUUUGAUAUAAUCUAGAGCAACUUCGCCAGAUGCAUCAACUUCUAACAAUAAGAGUCUUAGAUUUGGGUCUGGGCGAGUGAGUCCAGUUGAUAACAAAUAAUUUGAUAAAAAUUUUGGGGCAUAGUUUGAUAAAGAUGAGCUUUUUAAAAAAUUAAACUUCCUUUCUUAAUAAAUUAAUGGCUAUGAAGAAGAGAUUGAAGAGGAAAUUAUUAUGCAGCCAGCAUAGUAGCUAAUACCCAUUAAUGAGAAUAAUAUGGCUAUAUUCUUUAAUAUAGCUAGUUUAUUUAGAAGUUCAGAUUUUACUUUGACUCCUGAGUAAUUUGCGGAUAAUGCUAAAAACUUUUAGAAAUGGUCAGCAAAAGAUGAUAACUUAUUGGUGAAAGCUUUCAAAAAAUAUGAGAACAAUUGGAGUAGAAUUUAAGAGGAACUAAAAAUUCCGAAAAAGACAAUAGAUGAUUGUAGAAACAGAUAUGAUAAACUAUAAAAUGGGAAUGUAAAAGGAACUUGGAUGCCCGAUGAAGAUGAACUUAUACUAAGGAAUGUUAAAAAAUUUGGGAGAAAUUGGGCUUUGAUUGCAAAAAAGUUAGUCGGUAGAAAUGGAAAGCAAAUAAGAGAAAGAUAUGUUAACUAUCUCGAGAAAAAAGAAAAUCUAUUUAAAGACUAAUUUACUGAGGAAGAAGAGGAUUUGAUAAUGAAAUACUUCGACUUGUAUCCUCAUGACUGGAACAAGAUAUCUCAGUUUAUAACAACAAAAAGUUCUUCCUAAAUAAAGAAGCAUUAUGUCUAAAAAUUGAGAGAUAAGAGAAAUGAGGGCAACUCAACUCGAAGUGUGAGUAUUUCCCACAUCAGACUAGAUUUUGACCAAGUUUCUGAGAUAAAAAAUAAUGUGGAAACAUUAGUAGAUCCAUUAGGGAAUUUCUUUAGAUAGAGACUGACUCUAAUGAAGCAAACAAAGAAAAUUUAAAUUGACGAUGCAUUAGAGGAUGAGGAUUACUAAUCUCCUAAUUGGCUCGUAAAGAAAACAUCCCAAGAGGACUAUGAUAAUAUGAUAAACUAACUUGAGAGUCAAGGAAUAUUAAGAGGGGAUAGCAAUAACAAUAAAAAGAGAACGACUACCAUAUAUUAAGAUAGAUAUUAUUCACCUGGAAACGCUCAAUCAAAUGACUUGAAUAGCUCUCUAGAUGAAUAAUCAGUAAAUUAAGAUGAGUUACUCAAUGGAACAAUUGAUUUUUAAGAAGAUUAGCUACCUUACCUAACAUUAGGUACAGUGAAGCAAUCCUCCAGUAAAACAGAUUAUAAUUAAUCCAAUAUACAGCUGUCCUUAAAAUCUAAUAUCAAACAUCAAAUUUCAAACAAGUAAACCACCAAGAAACUAGAUUCUAUAAAAACAGCAACCACCAAUUUCAACAACUUUAAUUUAUUAAUGUAAGAAUCCUAGUCUACCAACUUAGUAUACUCAUCAACUGGCAUUACCAUCAGUCAGAAUGGCAAUCAUAAUUUCAUAUCGAAGUCACCAAAUUCUCUGUUUGAUUUUGAUUACCUGCUAAAUAAUGACAGAACUGAUUGCGAUUCAGUGUUUAAUUACUCUAGCGAGCAAUCAAAUAAACAUUAAGCUCCAAUGGAGCUUAAUUGA